AUGUGUGGAAAAGGCCGAUUGCCACCAACCAUUCAGCCACGUUUGGAGGAAUUGAUCGAUGUCGAGCCGGAUUUCGUGCUGCUUAAAUCUAAUGCCAACGGAAAAGGAUACAGCAAGUUUGGUAAACCUCACCUCAAUCAAGCCGAAAACCCAGAGUCACCAUAA